AUGCCACCCGCUAGCUUGUUUAUCACGAGCCUCGACUUCACGCAGGUCGAGAGUCUCAAGGAUAGGAUAUAUCAAAUUAUCAUCAGUGGUUCCCUGGCCUCUUCCGUGUCGAUAUUUUUCACGGAGACAUUGCCAGAAUGGUUUACCCAAAUCUGGGAGUGGCUAUUACGUCCUGACAUUCUCACAAUUAUUACUGCAUGGUGGAUCACAUUUACGGUAGUCAUGAUUAUCAUCUUUUGCCUAGGAUUCGGUCCUGUAGGCAUUGCUGCAGGUCUGGCAAAUCCGCCCUUUACAUUAAGCGCCGAAGAGCCCACUAAGCUAAUUCGUUUUGAAACGACAGGCUCCGCAGCAGCAGCUUUUCAAUCUUGGAUGUAUGGUGGCUUCACUCCUGCCGGUGGUAUCUUUGCCACUUUGACAAGCACGGCGAUGGUCGGCUUGUUGAUACCUUGGUCCAUGAUACCUGCUUCUAUUGUGGCUACUAUAGUUGCUGUGAUUGUGUGGAGGUUGGGAAUGGAGUAG